GAAUUAAAAAUUCGGAAUUCGUUCGACGAAUUAUAGAAAAAAAAGUGAGAAUUAAAAAAAUAGUAAAAAAAAAUAAAAUCAGCAGAACUCCGAGCAUCAAAUGAAUAAAUUUCAAUAAAAUAUUCGGCAGACAAGGUUGCAGUUUGAUAGCAAUUACAUAACGUGUACUUUACCUAACGAACAAAUAAAAACAAACAAAACAUGGCGAAUAACGCGAAAAAGUUGGCAGUUAAUAUAGUUAAGCAUAACCGCUUUUCCACGGCGCUGAAUGUGUUGCCGAACGAAUUAGACGGUCCUGCGAUGCAUGAGACGACGAUUGGUCGUGAAAAUACCAAUGUUCGUCCAUAUUCCGACGUGCCCGGACCAAAAGGCUUGCCAAUUAUCGGAAAUUCUUGGCGUUUUGCCCCGAUUAUCGGUCAAUACAAAAUUCAAGAUUUGGACAAAGUAAUGGUAGCAUUGAAUCAACAAUACGGCAAAAUCGCAAAAGUCGGCGGCUUGAUUGGGCAUCCAGAUUUGCUCUUCGUUUUCGACGGCGACGAAAUUCGAAAAGUUUUCAAGCGCGAAGAGACGUUACCGCAUCGCCCAUCAAUGCCUUCGUUGAAGCACUACAAAAGCGUGUUACGGCACGAUUUCUUCGGCGACAACAUGGGAUUGAUCGGAGUUCAUGGCGAAAAAUGGGAUAACUUCAGGGCGCAAGUUCAACAUGUCAUGCUGCAACCAUCAACAGCGAAAAAGUACGUGACACCCCUGAACGACAUCACGAACGACUUCAUGGAGCGAAUCAAUGAAAUGCGAGACGCAAACAACGAGCUACCUGACGACUUUUUGCACGAAUUAUAUAAAUGGGCGUUGGAGUCAAUUGGUCGUGUCGCCUUAGAUACGCGUCUCGGAUGUGUCUCGAAACAAGCGAAUCCCGAGUCGAAACGCAUUAUCGAAGCGAUCAACACAUUUUUCUGGACCGUGGCUGAAGUCGAGUUACGAAUGCCCGUUUGGAGAUUCUACAAAACAAAAGCUUAUAAAAGUUACGUUGGCGCUUUGGACAGUUUUAGAGAACUCUGCAUGAAACACAUCAACAUCGCAAUGGAAAAGUUAGACAUGAAUUCGACAAUCAAGAAUGAGGAGAACAUUCCAAUUGUCGAACGGAUACUACGGAAGACGCAAAAUCCAAAAAUAGCAGCUGUGCUUGCGCUUGAUUUGAUUCUCGUUGGUGUUGAUACGACGUCAGUAGCUGCUAGUUCGACCAUUUAUCAGUUGAGUCAGAACCCGGAGAAGCAGGAAAUUUUGUUCAAUGAAGUCAAAAAGUGUCUCCCGACAAAAGAUACGCCAUUCACAGUCGACAUGAUGGAGAAAAUGCCAUAUUUGAAAGCUUGUAUUAAGGAAACUUUGAGAAUGUAUCCCGUUGUCAUCGGAAACGGCCGAAAUUUACAAUCAGAUGCCACGAUAUUUGGUUACCAUAUUCCAAAAGGGACUCACGUAAUUUUCCCGCAUUUGGUUGUCUCAAACUCCAAACAAUACUUCACAAAUCCCGAAAAAUUCGUGCCAGAACGAUGGUUGAAGCGUGGCGAAGUCGAAAGUUCCAAAUCUUGUCCUUAUUCGGGACAACCCAUCCAUCCCUUUGUCAGUUUACCGUUCGGAUAUGGGCGGCGAACGUGCAUCGGAAGACGUUUGGCAGACGUUGAAUUGCAAAUUUUACUCUCAAAGUUGAUCAGAAACUACCAAAUCGAAUACAACUAUGAAAAAUUAACGUACAAAGUGAAUCCAACGUACAUUCCGGAAAACAGACUCAAGUUCAAGCUCACAGAACGAACAUCAUAAAUUUUUGUUACUUUUUAGU